AUGAGAAUACACAGUUCAGAUUAUACAAUUCCUUAUUAUCAAGUUUAUAAUGGAAAGUCAAAAUAUUGUUUAAAAGGAAGGUUAGUUAUGGGGCAUUCAAGAAUAACGUUUGCUUUAUCUUUUAUAUAUUUGAAUAUUCUUUCUAUAAUUUAACUAUUCAGAAUAGAUCCAAAAUGGGAAGUAUUUUUUGUAGAAAUAAUAUUAAUCUUUCUAACAGAUAUUUUCAUGAUUUUAACUGUGUUUAGUGACCCAGGUUUAAUACCUAGAAUAAAUUCUUAAUUUUAAAAAGUAAUAUAUUAAUUGAUUAAGGUAUACUGAAUGUUAUCUUAUACCAUUUAAAUAAAAAUCUACAACUGAAUUAAUAUUAGUGAGUUAAAUAAAAGUAAGUGAAUUCAAAUUUUGUGAUACAUGUAAAAUUUAUAAAACAAGCACAACUGCACAUUGUAGAAGAUGUGAUAAUUGUGUUUAAGGAUUUGAUCAUCAUUGUGUAUGGCUAGGAUAAUGCAUAGGAUAAAGAAAUUAUAGAUACUUUUAUUUAUUUAUAUUGUUAUUAACUAUUAUGCUUACCUUAUUUUUUAUAGUACAAAUAUAACAUAUGACUCAUAUGAAUAAUUACUUUAUAAUUGAAUUCAUAAUUUACACUCUAAAAACAUUUGGAUUUCUUUUAUUUUCAACUUAUUUAUUGAUUUUGCAUACUUAUUUUAUUUUUACUAAUAAAACUACUUAUGAAUAUUUAAUAAUAAAUAGAUUUGUCAUUAAUUAUCAUAACUUAUUAUUUUAUUAAGGAUAAGCAAUUUUAUUAUAGAGAAGAUUGACUAGAUUGUAUUAAAGUGUUUGGUAAAAAUUAAUAAAACCAAAACGAUCUUAAUUCAUAUCAUUUACAUCUAAAGUAUUUUUUAUAUAGAAAAUAUAGGUGUAUUUUGAAGUACCUUCAUAUGUUGAAUAAUAAAGAGUCCAAUAAAAGAUAUAAUUUAUAUAUAAUGAUACAAUAGAUAAAAAAUAAUUAGAUGAAAAGACAAAAACAUAUUAAAGUGAAUUAUGUAGUGUUUAAUAGAAUAGAUAUAUGUAAACUUAAAGAUAAAAAGAGACCUCUUUAGUUUAGUAAGAAUUUGAUUUCAGAUUUUUUAAAGUGGAAUCAGAAAGCAAUGGUGAAUAGAUUAAUUAACUUUCUUGUUAAUCGAGGGAAGAAAAAUAAGAUGUAAAAAUAUUUGGAUUAUCUAAAUCAGAAAAUAUUGGAUAUAAUAAAUAGAAAGAUUUGUAAAAGGAGGAAUAAAUUAUAUUUGGUAAUUAGUUUAAUGAUACUUAAUUCAAUAAAAUUGAUAAUUUGGGAUGA